AGUCAAGGGUAGUUAGUAUAUCGUGUCAAGACCAACAACGUCCACGUACACAACUCCAAAUCCACAAAAAUCCCCCAAAAAUUCCCUCCAUUUCGUCUUCCCUUUUCUCAACCGUCACCAAAAUCACACACAACCCUCUUUCUCUCUCUUCCCCUUCCCCUUCCCCUGACCCCACAAUUCUCCGGCCAAAGAUCAACCCAAUGACCUCAUUGCCGGGCCCAACAACAACGGUCCAACCCGGAAGAAUCCGGGUCAUAAAAGCGGGCUCAAACCCGAAUGGGGCAGUUGUAUACUGGAUGUUCAGAGAUCAAAGGGUUAGAGAUAACUGGGCAUUAAUCCACGCCAUUGAUGAAGCAAACAAGAGGAAUGUUCCAAUUGCAGUUGCAUUUAAUUUAUUUGAUGGGUUUAAGGGUGCAAAUGCUAGACAUUUAGGGUUUAUGUUAAGAGGGUUGAAGCUUUUGCAAUCUUCUCUGCUUAAUUCCCUUUCUAUCCCUUUCUUCCUUUUUCAGGGAGAAGUUGUAGAGACUAUUCCUAAGUUUUUGGUAGAAUGUGGGGCUUCUCUGCUAGUUACUGACUUCACACCCUUAAGGGAAAUUCGAGGAUUCAAAGAAGAACUUUGUAAGAGAGUGGAUGAUUCGGUAUCUAUACAUGAAGUGGAUGCUCAUAAUGUGGUGCCGAUUUGGGAAGCAUCAAGCAAGUUAGAGUAUGGUGCCAGGACUAUUAGGAGUAAAAUAAACAAAUUGUUGCCUACUUAUUUGAUUGAUUAUCCCAUUCUUCAACCUCCUAGCAGGAAGUGGGAUUCUUUACCUCCUGUCAUACAAUGGGAUCAGCUCAUUGAAGACCGUCUCAAGAAGGGAGCAGGAGUGCCAGAAGUUGAUUGGUGUGAACCUGGUGAAACUGCUGCACUUGAAGUCUUGAAGGGAAGCCAGAAUGGGUUCUUAACAAAGAGAUUGAAGAACUAUGCAACUGAACGGAAUAUCCCGUUAAAACCAAAAGCCCUAUCUGGUCUCUCUCCAUACUUGCAUUUCGGCCAAAUAUCAGCUCAACGCUGUGCUUUUGAGGCACGUAAUGUCCGGAAAGUUGCUCCUGAGGCAGUUGAUGCAUUUUUGGAAGAAUUAAUUGUGCGUAGAGAACUUGCUGAUAACUUCUGCUAUUAUCAACCUAACUAUGACUCAAUCAUGGGGGCAUGGGAGUGGGCACGUAAGACAUUGAUGGAUCAUGCUUCUGAUAAAAGGGAACACUUGUACACGAGAGAGCAAUUGGAGAAGGCACAAACUGCUGAUCAGCUGUGGAAUGCUUCUCAGUUGGAGAUGGUUCAUUUUGGCAAGAUGCAUGGAUUUAUGCGCAUGUAUUGGGCAAAGAAAAUUCUUGAGUGGACAAGUGGACCUGAAGAAGCCCUUGCAAUAGCUAUCUACUUGAAUGACAAGUAUGAGUUGGAUGGUAGAGACCCGAGUGGAUACGUCGGCUGCAUGUGGUCUAUUUGUGGAGUGCAUGACCAGGGGUGGCGAGAACGCCCAGUAUUUGGUAAAGUCCGUUAUAUGAACUAUGCUGGCUGCAAAAGAAAAUUCAACAUUGAUGGAUAUAUUUCAUAUGUGAAGAAGUUAGUUGUUGAGACCAAAAAAAGAAAGGCCGAGAGUGAGAUCCCAUCAGGGAAAGAGAAAGAACCUCGUUGCUGAGACGCCAUGGAACUCAGGCGUAAAGGUGAUCGAGGGACAAGGGUCAAGGUGUGGCUUAUCUUCUUUAUUGUAGUAGUCUAAUUAGGUGUUUAGGACAUAGCCAUAACUCUUUAGCUAGUUAGUUGUUCGCUUGGGAUGAUCUAUACGCCAGGGUACAAAUGGUAAACUCUUUUGUCUAUAGUUUGCCAUAUAAUUAUUGUUCGAUGAUUGUUGACUGAGUAAUUUGUAAGAAAGCUGAUAAAAUCAAGAAUUUGUGA